AGGUUUGGGAAUCGAUCUGCGAUAGAUUCGUUAGGUCUGACCGCAGCGGCAGCAGUUCGGAGAAGAAAACACAGGUCCGGCCAGCAGCUCUACGCCGCAUUUCAGAGGAUCCAGCUCCGUCUCAGGCUGCUGGUCAUGGGGUUGACCAAACAGUACCUGCGCUACGCCGCCAGCGCCGUGUUCGGCGUCAUCGGCAGCCCGCGGGCCAACAUCACGUACGUCACGCUGCGAGGCGGGGAACGGGGCCGCUACAUAGCCGUGGCUGCAUGCGAACACGUCUUCAUCUGGGAUGUCCGAAAAGGAGAGAAGGUCCUGAUCCUGCAGGGCCAGAAGCACGAGGUGAGCUUCCUCUGCCCGUCUCCCGACGGAGUUCACGUCGCCGUGGGUUACGAGGACGGCGUGGUGCGGAUCUUCAACCUGCUGAACGGCGAGAGCAACGUCUCCUUCAACGGACACAAGUCCGGGGUCACGGUCAUGAGCUACGAUGCACUCGGGGCGCGCCUCGUCACUGGCUCCAAGGACACAGAUGUGAUAGUGUGGGACAUCAUCAACGAGUGUGGACUGUACAGGCUGCGGGGACACAAGGACCUCAUCACACAGGCCCUGUUCCUUAAAGACAAGAACCUCCUGGUCACAAGCUCCAAGGACAGUUUUGUGAAGUGGUGGGACCUGGACACGCAGCACUGCUUUAAGACCAUGGUGGGCCAUCGCAGUGAGGUGUGGGGGAUGGUUCUGUUGAACCAGGAGAACCGGCUGCUGACGGGAUCCGCCGACAGCGAGCUCCGCGCCUGGGACAUCUGCUACCUGGAGGAGGGGAAAACGGCGGGCGAGCCCAGACUAAAGAAGGGGAAAACGCUGCUGGAGGAGGAGGAUGGUGACCAAAACGAUGAGGCAGAAGAGGAGGAGGUCCUGGAAGAGCGCAUCCUGAGUUGUAAGAAGGCCGGCUCCAUCCUGAGAGAAGCCAGAGAUCGAGUGGUCUCCCUCACAGCAGACUCCAAGGCCAGAAUAUUCGCCUGCCAUGGAAAUGAUGCAGUUCUGGAAGUGUUCACGGUUCUGUCAGAGGAGGAAGUGCAGAGGAAAAUGAUCAAGAAGCUGAAGAAAGCCAAGAAGAAGGCAGCCAAAGCUCAGGAAGAUGCAGGCGAGCAGACAGCAGAGCCAGUGGUGGAGAGGACGCUGAAGGACGAGAUCAUCAGGCUGACAAACAUCAAGGCUUCUGCAAAGAUCAGGUGGGUGGAUGUUCUGGCUGGUCCGGGGGGCGAGCUGAAGGUGGCGCUGUUGCUUCAAAACAACACCGUUGAGACUUACAGCCUGAAAACCUCUGACAAGAACCCGACGGCCAAUAAAACGGCUCGCCUGACGCUGGGCGGUCACCGCACAGACGUCCGCACGCUGGCCUUCAGCUCCGACAACCUGGCCGUCCUCUCAGCCUCUGGAGACACCGUUAAAGUGUGGAACAGGUCGACUCUGCAGGUGAUUCGCACCAUGGCAUGCGAAUACGCCCUCUGCUCCCUCUUUGUUCCCGGAGACAGGCAGAUAAUCCUGGGAACGAAGAGUGGGAAGCUGCAGAUCUUUGAGCUGGCCUCAGGAAGCCUUCUGGAAAGUGUCGAUGCCCACAGUGGAGCCGUGUGGUCCCUGUGCCUGGCCCCGGAUCAGAGAGGAAUAAUCUCUGGAAGUGCUGAUAAGACCGUAAAGUUCUGGGAAUUUGAGCUCAUCAAGGACCAAGGAACAGACCAGAAGCGGCUGACGGUGACACACGCUCGCACUCUGCAGCUGGAGGAAGACGUUCUGUGUGUGAAGCUGUCUCCUGAUCACAGACUGCUGGCCGUCUCUUUGUUGGACUGCACCGUCAAGAUCUUCUACACAGACACCCUGAAGUUCUUCCUGUCUCUGUAUGGACACAAGCUGCCCGUACUUUGCCUGGACAUCACACACGACAGCACCAUCAUCGCCACCGGCUCUGCUGACAGGAACGUAAAGAUCUGGGGUUUGGAUUUUGGCGACUGCCACAGGUCUUUGUUCGCUCACGACGACAGUGUCAUGUUUCUUCAGUUUGUCCCCAAAACUCAUCUGUUCUUCACCGCUGGAAAGGACAAGAAGAUCAAACAGUGGGACGCUGACAAGUUUGAACACAUUCAGACUCUUGAGGGUCACCAUCGGGAGGUCUGGUGUUUGGCCAUCAGCCCAAACGGAGAUCACCUCGUGUCGUCAUCUCACGACAAGUCCCUGCGUCUGUGGGAGAGAACCAGGGAGCCCAUCAUCCUGGAGGAGGAGCGGGAGUUGGAGCGAGAAGCAGAAUUUGAAGAGAGCAUGGCAAAAGGAAGCGUACCCGUGGUACCAGGAGAGACCGAGGGAGAGGCAGCACCAGCCGGCAAGAAGACCAUCGAGACGGUGAAAGCUGCGGAGCGAAUCAUGGAGGCCCUGGAGCUUUACAAAGAAGAAGCCAGGAAGCUGGAGGAGCACAAGUAUUUCUGUGAGAAAGCUGGCAAAGAGUUGCCUCCUCCAAAGCCCAAUCCUAUCCUCGUGGCAUUUGGAAACAUUACACCGUCCCGCUAUGUUUUAGACGUCAUAAAGAAAGUCAGAUCGAGUGAGCUGGAGGUUUCCCUGCUGGUGCUGCCGUUUCCUUACGUCCCCGAGCUGCUGAGGCUUUUCAACAGCUACAUCCAGCAGGGCCUGGAGGUGGAGCUCGUCUGCCGCUGCCUGUUUUUCCUCCUCAAGAUCCACUUUGGUCAGAUCACCAGUAACCAGAUGUUGGUGUCUGUCAUCGACGAGCUGAAGACCAACACGCUCUCCAAAGUGUGCCAGAUCAGAGAUGUGCUGGGCUUUAACAGCGCAGCCCUCCAGUUCCUCCAGCAGGAGAUCGAGAGCAAAGAGGACGUGACGUUCUUUGCUGAUGCUACGGGUCAGUUGAAGGAGAAGAAGAAGAGGAGGAGGAAGAGGGAGCGGGCCGUUCUGACCAUCGCUUAAAUUAUUAAGGACAUUUUUUUUUUAUGUUCUGAGUAAAAACUUGCUCCUCCUCCUCAUUUCCUUCCAUCUUUAAUUCAGGACUGGAGCAGAUGGGUUACACUGCUGACUUUUAUAUGUCAUGAAAUCCUGACAGGAUGUAACUCAGUGUUAACCAGCGACGUGCUUUAUUCCCCAAAUAAACAGUUUCUGAAGUUUU